AUGACCCGGAGCUCGUUUGGCCCGUGGGCCAUUAACCGGUCUUCUCACUUGCGGCCGCGGCCCGUGCCGCCGUGCGCCUCAUCCGCGCCCCCUCCUCCUCCUCGUCGUCAGUCAGCGACGGACCGAGCCUGCCCAACGAUAACAGUCAUGGCGGCGGCGCUAUCUGCGCUGCUCCUGCGUCCCGCGGCCGUCCGCAUCGUGGCGCCGCGCGCCCACCCUGCCGCGGCCGCGUCCCGCCUCCUAUGCGCCGCGACGGCGGGGGAGGCGUCGAGCUCGCCCGCGGCGCCGCGGAGGCUGGUGCUCUACACCAAGCCCGGGUGCUGCCUCUGCGACGGCCUCAAGGAGAAGCUCCACGCCGCCGUGCUGCUCUCCGGCACCCCCUACUCCCUCGCCUCCCUCGAGCUCCAGGAGAGGGACAUCACGACGAACCUGGAGUGGGAGCGGCUGUACCAGUACGAGAUCCCGGUGCUGGCCAAGGUGCUCCCCGACGGCACCGAGGAAAUACUUCCGAGGCUGUCUCCCCGGCUAACUGUGGAGCUCAUACAAAAGAAAGUAUCCAGUUUGUUUGAUCAGUAA